CUCCCUCCUCCCUUUACCCCCCAGCCUCCCGAUAAGAGCAAGCUUAGCUGUUUCACUCUGGCCACUUCUGAAACUCAACCCUUUGCAGAAGGAUGGGAGAAAAAAAACAACUCUCUCUCGCUCUUACCCUCUACUGAAGAUUGAGAGAUUUAGAAAAGCUCAUUCGGCCCCUAUCUCUGUCAGUCUCCAUAGGGUUAGUGUGUGUGUCUGUUCUUUUCUAUUCCACUGGACACCAAGGAGAACUGGCAGGAAGUUAGGGACUGUGGCUGAGAGGGAAAAGAAAGGCAACAUCGUUAUUAAUUAGCAGACCUUGGAGCUAUCAGAUCUCAGUCAACAACGACAAGAGGAGGACAGGAACCCAGACUCCUGUCUGACUACAGGCGGAACCAUGAGCAUCACCACCUAUGAGUGAGUGAGGGAGGAGGGGGGGAAACAUUACACUGCGACAGCUCUGUGCAGGCUCCCGUCACCUGGGCUUUCAGGUAGGAAGAAAGGAGAAUAUUGGAAAUAAAAGGAGAGGAAACCCAGGAGGACUAUGAAGGCUUUGCUGCUAGGCUGGUGCCUGGUUCUGUGGGCCGCGGUGGUGAUGCCUGGCACGAGGGGGGCAAGUGCUGCCGGAGGAGGCGGAGGAAGGAACCAGCGGCGAGGAGGAGGGCGAGGAGGAGAACGAGGAGCAGGCGACAAACAGAGAAGGCUCCACCGCGUGCAGCACGGGCGCUGCAGCUACACCUUCGUGCUGCCGGAGAUGGAGAGCUGCCAGGGCAGCCACAUCCAGCAGGGCGGCGCCAGCGUGCUCCAGAAGGACGGACCCCCGACCCCCGGCCAGAAGGACUGGCUGAAGGAGAGACUGCAGCACCUGGAGACCGCCAUGGAGAACAACACGCACUGGAUCCAGAAGUUGGACAGCUACCUCCAGGAGAAGAGCAGGCUUGAGAGGGCCCACAUCCAGAGUCAUGCUGUUCACAACCAGACGGCCACCAUGCUGGAGCUGGGCAGCAGCCUGCUCCACACCACCGCAGAGCAGACACGCAACCUCAACACCGUCGAGGCCAAGGUGCUAAACCGGACGUCCAGGAUAGAGAUGCAGCUUCUGGUGAGCUCCCUGUCCACCAGAAAGCUGGAGAAGGACCUGAUGGUGCAGACCUCUGAGCUGAGCAGACUGCUGAACAGGAACAGUCGCCUGGAGAGCCAAGUGCAGGUGUUGGAGACCCAGCAGAGAGGCGACCUGGAGAACAUGAGACAGGACAAGGGGAAGCUGCAGGUGCUGGUGCAGACCCAGACAGCAGCCAUACAGGCUCUGCAGAAACAACUGCGGGUUGCCAGUAGCAACAACACAGCCAUGCAGAGGCAACAGCAGCAACUCAUGGAGUCUGUCCACAAACUUAUUGCCAUGGUGACUACAGAAACAGUGCCACUCCGCAGAGGACAGAGACACAGGGACUGUGCGGACGUCCACAGAGCAGGUCACAGCACCAGCGGUCUGUACCACAUCUACAUAGGCAACAUGACGGAGCCCACCAGGGUGUUCUGUGACAUGGAGACCAGCGGAGGGGGCUGGACCGUGUUCCAACGCCGGGUCAACGGCAGCCUGGACUUCCAGAGGAGCUGGGAGGAGUACAAAUUGGGCUUUGGGGACCCCUCUGGAGAGCACUGGCUGGGCAACGAACUAGUGUACCAGCUGACUAGCCACGCCCAGUACGCCAUGAGAGUGGUGCUACAGGACUGGGAGGGUCACGCCCCUUACUCUCACUACGAUAAGUUCCAGCUGGGCAGCGAGAAGCAGCACUACAGGUUGUUUCUGAGGGGCUACAGUGGCACUGCGGGGGAGCAGAGCAGCCUGACCUCCCACGGCAGCAGCUUCAGCACCAGGGACCAGGACAACGACAACUGCCUGUGCAAGUGUGCCCUGAUGCUGACCGGAGGGUGGUGGUUUGACGCAUGCGGUCUGUCCAACCUGAACGGUAUCUACUACACCAUGGGCCGCAACAUACGCAAGCUCAACGGCAUCAAGUGGCACCACUUCAGAGGGCCCAGUUACUCCCUCCGCUUCACUGCCAUGAUGCUCCGCCCUGCCACGUUCUAGACCCCACCCACUUCACCUGAAACCUCUGGAGGUGGGGAGGGGAGGGGAGAGGAGAGGAGAGGAGAGGAGAGGAGAGGAGAGGAGAAGAGAGGA